AUGCCCACCACCAUGCUUCCCACGAUCAUUGUCCUGGGCCUCUUCGCCUGCCCAGGCGCAGCCCAAUGCACGCGAGCCCUGCUCACCGCAGCAACAGACAGCCUCCUCGCAGCCCAAACCGACGGUGCCCCCGACACCCUCGGCACCGCAGCCGGGCUGACCUACCUCGAACAAUUCAAGCCCGCCGAUUUCACGACAGGCAUCCUAUCGAUAGCGGUACACGUCGACUUCAACCGCAGCCUGCACGACACGAUGCAGUGCGCAACCUACACCGAGAUAAUCGCCGCGAGGAACACCACGCACCCCUACGUCAUCGGCGCGCAGAUGCACAUCGGCGCCGACGACGGCCAGAUCGCCAACAUCAGCACCCUGGUCACGGACGCCGGCGACUGGCUGUUCAAUGCCACGGGCACGUUGUACUGGGCCUCGCGCGAGAAGUGGGAGCCCAUCCCCGAAGACCGGCGGGAUAGUCGCGCAGUGAUACAGGCGGCAGCGGACGCUUAUGCGGAUUUGUUUGAUGAUAAGACGGUUGUGGUGCCGUGGGGCUCACCUUGCGCGAGGCUGGAGGGGGGCUCUUAUACGGGGUCUGGGGCGGCGAGUGAUCGGUGUGAUGUUGGGAUUCCUGACGGUAUAUUCUGA